AUGCGAUCCAAGUUUUCUCUGUGCUUUUUGUGCCUCUUGGCCAUGAUCCUGGGUGUGCCAGGACAGGCCACACCCCCAUCACCAUCCUCGCCGGCAACUCCUCCGGCUUCACCGACCCCGUCCUCGCCAGCCUCGCCAACUCCAGCCUCCCCGACUCCGCCAUCGACGGCUACCACUGCUGCGACUCCUACAACGCCAGCAACCACAGCAGCUUCGACGGCCACCACAAACACAAGCUCAAACUCCACCUCCACAUCCAAAUCCACAAAAAAGCUGAAGCAUCGCCGCCGUUUCGAUCUCAAGAGCCUUGACGAGGCUUUUGAUGAUAUGUACCAGACUCUGCGCCAAACGGGAAACCUUUUCUUUGAAGGCGUGGCUGAGGACUCGACCUAUCCGAAAUGCCUAACCUGUGAGAUGCCGAACCUGGAUACCUUCGGAAUCUCGAGUGCCAAAAAGCCUAAGGACUGCAUAUGCUUCAACUGUCAUCGCCUCUACGGCUUGCCAAAAGAAGCUCACUUCCCAUAA